UAGAAGCGGAAUGAAGAAUUGAAUUUGAAAAGGGGCGGGCUUGCAUUUUCAGACCCCACGAGGCCACCACCGAAUGGCGAAUGGUGAAUGGUGAACGCUCUCUCUAUCUCCCGUAAAAACCCUAGUCCAGUUUGACAUUGAAAGUUGAGGAAAUGUCCAAAGACGCUUCUUCUUCAUCUCUUAGAUCCGCUUCUCGAAGCAAUCUGAAACCAACCGAGUCCAAUGAGAACGACUUCCACAACCUCUUCACCCAAUUUCCUUUUCCUCCUCCUCGCACACCUCUUAAUUCCAUUGCCGAUCCAUCUCAAUUAUCUCAACACCUCCAAUCUGAAAGUUUUAGAGCUUCCCAUCGAAAAUAUGAGAUCCCUGAUACUCAUAUUGGAAAUGGAGUUAGAGGGAAAUCACAUUCUGAACCUAAUUCAGCUCAAACUACUCCGGUAAGGAGAAUUUCUAAUGUGUUCACACCGGGGACUUGCUCCGGGGUUAGGCAUGCUAUGCAUACAGGAGCGAAAGGGACAGCUUUAUCUUCUAGAACUUCAAAAGGAACUCCAGUUAUCAACUCCGAGCCUUCUGUCCAAGUUCCGCACUUUGAGCUGGCUGAGGAUCCUUCUUUCUGGAAAGAUCACAAUGUGCAGGUGUUGAUUCGUGUUAGACCAUUAAAUAACACGGAGAAACUGUCACAAGGAUAUGCUAGAUGCUUAAGGCAAGAGAGUACACAGACACUGGUUUGGCUUGGUCAUCCUGAAACCAGAUUCACCUUUGAUCAUGUUGCUUGUGAAACUAUAUCACAGGAAAAACUUUUCAGAGUUGCAGGGUUUCCCAUGGUGGAUAACUGCAUGUCCGGUUAUAAUAGCUGCAUGUUUGCAUAUGGUCAGACUGGAAGUGGAAAGACUUACACAAUGAUGGGUGACAUAGGUGAAAUGAGUGGAAAGCUAAGCGAACAAUGUGGGAUCACUCCUCGAAUAUUUGAGUACUUAUUUACUAGAAUUAGAGAGGAAGAGGACAAGCGAAAGAAUGAGAAGCUGAAGUAUAGUUGCAAAUGUUCUUUCUUAGAGAUAUAUAAUGAACAGAUAACGGACCUCCUUGAGCCUUCAUCAACUAAUUUGCUGCUAAGAGAAGACUUGAAGAAAGGUGUAUAUGUUGAAAACCUUACUGAAGUUAGCGUCAGUUCUGUUGAUGAUGUUCUCAGAAUUUUGUUACAGGGACCUGCAAAUAGAAAAACGACUGCUACUCAUAUGAAUACUGAGAGCAGUCGAUCUCAUAGUGUUUUCACUUGCAACAUUGAGAGUUGCUGGGAGAAAGACUUGAUGAAGCACUUUAGAUUUGGAAGGUUAAACCUAGUAGAUCUAGCUGGUUCUGAAAGGCAGAAAAGCUCUGGUGCAGAAGGAGACCGUUUGAAAGAAGCUGCAAAUAUAAACAAGUCUUUAUCAACUCUUGGACUUGUCAUCAUGUCUUUGGUGGAUUUGGCACAUGGAAAACAUAGACACGUUCCGUACAGAGACUCUAGGCUAACUUUUCUCCUUCAGGAUUCUCUAGGUGGGAACUCAAAAACUACAGUCAUCGCCACCAUCAGCUCAUCUAUUUGUUCUGCCAGUGAGACACUGAGCACUCUAAAGUUUGCUCAGCGUGCAAAACUUAUUCAGAACAAUGCUAAAAUAAACGAAGAUGCUUCAGGUGAUAUUUCAGCAUUGCAGCAGCAAAUCCAACAACUGAAGGGUCAGUUGUCCUUUGUACUGAAGCAUCAGGGAUCUGAGAGAUAUUUUGCAGAAAGUGUCCCACAAUUAGAUCAAUUCAUCUUGGGCGACUGUCCUGAGAGCUUUGACCUGUCUGAGGAAUUGGAUAAGCACACUGAUCGUGGUCAACAACAUGGAAGAAAAAACUCGUUGCAUUAUCUGAAAGCAACUUUGCUCAAUGUCGUGAGGAGAGCGAAAUUGGCUGAGAUGGAAGUUAGGAGAUUAGAGGCUGAAAUUGAAGAGAUGAAACAUUUGGUUCAUCAGCAAGAAGAAGAGGUUCAACUUAGCAAAGAGAUAAUGGAGCUCAAAGACGAAAAACUUGACCAAUUGGAAUCACUUGGAAAUGGAAUAAUUUCUGCAGACAGCUUUGUCCUGGAAGAGAAUAAUGCUUUAAAAGACGAGAUUCAGAUACUUCAGGCCAGACCUGAACUAAAUCCAGAAUUGACUCAAGCAUCUGAGAAUAUUAGCCUCAGAAAGAAACUCAGAUGGUUUGAAAACUUCUAUGAGAAUGAGGAGACAGAAAAAUUGCUUGCUGAAAUGUCAGAAUUACGUGAACAGGAAAGAGUCGCUGCAAGAGAGUUAAAAGAAUGUGGAGAAAUGAAUUCAAAAAUAAUCAGGGAAGUUGAUGAAUUGCAAGGAGAAUUGAGCAAACAUGUGAACUUUAACCAAGCUGCAUUUGAUUCUGUGGACACCAGGUCAACUGAAGCUGAUAAAGCAAACAGGACACCACAUGAUCCGCCAGCAGGUGGAGAAUCCAAAAAUAAAGAAGUUGAGGACACUAAUGGGGCCUCCAUUUUGCACCAUAAAGAUAUCAUGAAACAGUUGAUUGAAGCGAGAUCCUUGAUGGAAGCAAUGGAACAGGAACAAGUUCAGCUAAUAGAAGAGCUCGAAUUCACGAGGGAAGAGAAUCAAAGGCUGUCUAAGCAGAUGUAUGCCUCUGAAUGGUCUGGGAUACAACACAUGCCAAUACCUGACACCCAUGAAUCAAGAGGCUUUCUUUUUGAAACUCAAGAUGGUAAUGGAGACCUCUGCACAGUUGCUUUGCAAGCUAAGUUGGAGAAAAUGUCCAAGGACCUUGAGGAGGCUCACUUUCUUAAUAGACAAUAUCUGGAGGGUCAUGCAUUAAAAUUGUCGCAGGAACACCAAACUGAGUUAGUGCGUGAGGAGGUUGAAAUAGAAACAACUAAAACGAUUCUUCAUAUGCAGGAAGAGAUUGUUGCAAUGAAGUCAGAAUUACAGGAGAAAAUAUGCUUAAUGGCUGAUGAAAAUAUAAGUUUGAAGAACAGUCUGGCAGCCAAAGAGGAAGAAAUAAAGGUGCUGUGCAUGGAAUGGGAAAGAGCAACUUUGGAGCUAACGACCUUUCUCAUAGACGGUUCCAAGUCCAUGCGAUAUGCUUCCUCCCAGAUAAAAAAUAUAGCUUGCUCAUUUCCAGACGUCAGUGCUUGCAUUGGUGAACAUGUUGAGAAAGCCGCUAAAAUUUGUGUUGAGAAGGAAGAAACCAUUCUUUUGUUAAAAAGGAGUUUGGAAGAAGCACAACGGGGCAUAUGGCAAAUGGAUGAGAAAUUGAAUUCUCUGAGAGGUGCAACAAUGGCUUUUACACAAGCUCAGCAGUUAGAUAAUGAGGCAUGCAGCAAGGAAGCAAUCCAGCUAGUUUCUUCUUUAGAUGAUCAAAUCAGUAGGUUGGAAUUUUUAGAAAAAAAUCUACUGUACAAGGGGAACCACAUUGCUGAAGUUCAUGCUGCCUCAUCUUCUGCGAAUGAUGGAUCUGAUAGUAUUGACGGUAACCUCAAAAAAGGAGACAGUUCAAGCGAAAGUUUAUUUGCAUUUGUAGCUCAUGAAAAUAAUAUUGAGUUGGCAAGGCUAGAGCUACUGGAGGUGGAGAAUGCUGUAAAUGCUCUCUGCUUUGAUGCACAAAACUGUCUGUCAGGCCUACAAUCAGAUGCUUAUAAAAUGAUUUGUUUAUGCAAGGAUUUCAAUAAAGAAUUUCUGGAUCUUGUCCAUCAGUUGCGGAAUAACUUCUAUAAUCUGAUAGAAAAUGGCUAUUCUCAGUACCAUGCAGUUGGAUUUCCAUCAUGUGAUUCCAGUAAGCUUCAUGACCAUGACAAACAGCAGAAACUGCUGCCUCAGAUUAACUAUGAACUUGUUGAAACAAACGAGAAAUUGAAUCAAAUCACCACAAAUCUAAACAUAAUUUUGAAUUCAUAUCUAUGCCCUGAUACAACUGAGGAUCCAAGUGAAUCAGAUGGAUGGACAACUGACUGUUCAGUUUCAUGUUCUAAUCUUUUAGCUGAAAGUGUUGCUUCAGGAAAAAGGUCAAAUGCAUCUUCUCUCAGUGGUAGUUCACAAAGCAUACGAAAGAAGUUGAAUCUAGAAGAUACAUCACUAUUGCAUUUAAGGAGGGAUUUUAAAAUGGCAUAUGGUGCUUUUGCCAAAAUAAAUGCUCAGUUCAAUUCGGUUUUCAAUGAGAAAGGAGAGGGUGAUUGCUCAACCCCAGUGCUGUAUCUCUCUAAUUCAGCUGAACUUGCAAAACGGAACAACGAGCACCCAAUCAGGAAUCAACAAAGUGAAAUAAUUUGGGGUCAUAAAAUGAUGAUGCAUGGAGCUGAAGUUAGCCUCAACUACAGGAGAGAGGAAGAAGUUGGUGACAACAUCACUGAAGAGAAAAUCUUCUUCAAGAAGUUUGAGCAAGCCUUCUCAACCAUCAAAGAAGUAGAUUACACGUUAAAUGCUCUGGUGAAAGUGAAUAAAAAUGAAAAACAGUUGACUUCUAUGUUGAGACAAGCAGAAGAGGAAUUACUGGCACAGAAAGCAAGCUUAGUUGAAGAUGUCAAACACCUUAAGUCCUCCAUUCGACAGAGAGAUGAAGAAAAAGGAAUACUACAGGACGAGGCCUGUCACAGCUUGAUAGAAAUUUCAAAUAGAUUGUCCUUGCUUGAAGGGUCAUUUGUUGAUAUGCAAAAAGAUGUGGAGGGAUUGUUGAAAACAUUGUUUGCUGAUGCUUCUAGAAUGGCAGAAGAAACACUGGGCAACAUCAGCAACUCAAAAUCAUUACUAGAAGGUAUAUUUUCUGGCACUAUGAAGAACGGGGUAUCCUCUUCUGUGCUAUACCAUUGUCAAGCUAUUGAUUCUAUACAUGAAUUGGGGAGGAGUUGUAAAAUUGGUAUGAUCAUGGAUAAAGAAAAGCUGGAUGGAAUGACAAGCUUCAGAAGAAUAGAGGAUAAAGAGUUGGGUCUAGACCAGAUUGACAGCAAAAAUGAAAAUUUGGAGCUCAGAAAAGAAUUGGAACGAAAAGAAGUUUUGCUGAAAGGUUUGCUAUUUGACAUUAGCUUGUUGCAAGAAUCAGCUUCUAGCAGAAAGGAUAUCACGGAUGAAGUUGAAAAGUUAAUUGCAGCUUUGAAUCGAGUUCAAAAUGAGUUAUCUACUAAAGAACAUCAACUAGAUGAACUGCUCAUUCAGCACAAAACUCUUGAAAACCAGAUACAAGAGAUGGAGAGUGCUCUAUCUUCCUCAAAAGCUGAUCUUGAAGAGACUAGAAGAGCAUCAGAUAAUUUCUCAAAGCAAAACUCUGAGUUGAGAGUUGUCAUAGAGGAUCUUUGUGUGAAGAAGUCCCAAACAGAGAAUGAGUUGGAAGAACAAAGGGAGAUUGUGAAAAGCCUAGAAAAUGAAAUUCUUCGGCUGACCUCCUCAGCAGAAAAACAACUGAUAUUGUCGAAGAAAGAUAAAGAUACUGAAGACGAUCUCAAGAGGGUGACUGGAGAAAAGAACCAGCUUUUUGAACAACUUCGGUUCUUGCAAGACAGGCUUGAUAUGGCAUAUUCACUAGCCGAUGAGAAUGAAGCUAUUACUGUACAAGCUCGCCAGGCAUCAGAAGCCAGUAAAAUGUAUGCUGAAGAAAAGGAUGAGGAGGUUAAGAUUUUAGAACACUCUGUUGAGGAACUUGAGGGCACAAUAAAUGUACUGGAGAGUAAGGUACAUGAAAUGGAAGAAGAGGUAGAAAGAGAUCGCCUGAUUAGAGAUUCAUUAGAAUUGGAACUUCAAGCACUAAGAAAAAGAUUAUUAAUGGUUGAGAACUCUCAAUGUAUGGACAUGAGCUCAGGUGAACUAUCCACAAAGGAUCAAUUUUUGAGGUUGGUAGAACCUACAAAGGCUUAUUACCAAAUAGGAGUUCUUGAAGAAGAAAAAGCAGAGCUAAAUAAAGAGAUAAAACAAUGCAAGGAAUACAUUUCAGAAAUCUUGUUGCACGCUCAAGCCCAGGCAUCACAGUAUCAACAAAAGUACAAGGAGUUGGAGGCAGUGGUGCAUGGACUUGAAACCCACUCAUUAAACACAUUAAAUGGAGGACCAACUUCAGAGAAGUGCUCAACCAGGCCGAGAGGUUCAAGUUCACCUUUCAGAUGCAUUUCCAGUUUGGUUCAGCAAAUGAAUAGUGAGAAAGACCAGGAAUUGUCAGCAUCUAAAUUUCAAAUAGAAGAGCUAGAGGUGUUACUGGCUCAAAAGCAGAAGGAGAUUUGUAUGCUGAACAGUAGACUGGCUGCAACAGAAAACAUGACACAUGAUGUAAUUCGGGAUUUGCUCGGUGUCAAGCUGGACAUGACUAGUUAUGCCAAUUUGAUGAACCAGUUACAACUACAAAAGUUUGUAGAGGAGGCUCAGCAGCAAUCAGAAGAGUGCAUUGUAAUGGAGAGACAACUUCCCAAUCUAAGGAGACAAAUUGAUGAUCUAGUUGAAGAAAGAGAGAGAUACACUUUGGAAGCGAAAAAGAGAGAGGCAGAUGUGCUAUCAUCCCAGAUGUGCAUGGAACAACUCCGAGAGCGUGAUCAGAUGCUGAUUGCUCAAAAUGAAAUGCUGAAAAUGGAUAGGACCAACUUACAGAUGAAAAUUGUGGAACUGGAUGAUAUGGUUAAAAGGCUGUUGGGAAAACAGAGUCAAAUGGAAAUGGGUGCCUUAGCAAGAUUGAAAGAAAUUGAUGUUGGCCAAAAGCUGGGUCAUCAGAAGUUAGUUUUGGGAGCAAGGGACAAAGUUUCUCGCCCUCAUGAGGCUGAAGACCUGAAUGGUUGUGGUAAGGACACAAAAUUCAUGUGAGUUUGACAUUCUGCUACACAGCAUAAACUUAGAGAGCAAAAAGCCUAUCAAUCACAGGAAAUCUGCUCAGAAUCAAAGUUUCAAAAGCAAAUACCAGUAAUAGGAGUUGCAGAUAAUUGGUUAGUUAUAUUUUGUUGGAAUGUAACUAUCAGCUGUAUCAUAUAUUGUAUGUAAUGUAGUAUUGGUUUGGGGAGAGGUGACCAACUUAAAUAAGCAGUAAUAGGGACACUGCACAGUUAUAGUAAUUCUUCUAAUUACAUGUAAAGGCAAUCUAUGCUGGUUCCAACUACUCCGGAAUUGGUGUAUAUGAAUGAGAGUGUUCACGACCUGUGAUCAAGUUUGCCCUUGUGAACAGCUUGAUGCAUUGUCUCCCUUUGACCGUCUCUAUUUGGGUUUAUAGAUAUUACCAAACUCAGAAAAA